AAAGCGGCGGUGAGGGUUCCAGGGGUUACAGUUCCUUUUGCCAGAGCAACGAGGAGUAUCCCCCACACACAUCCACCAUGAAGGUCGCCGUUUUCGUCCUGGCCGUUGUCGCCUCCGCCUCCGCCGGCCUCAUCCCCGCCACCACCCUGCUGCGCGCGCCCCAGCACGACAGCGCCGUCAUCCAGAGCGAGCGUCUGGGCGGCAACUUCGCCUACUCCUCCGUGGAGGGCCACGCCUACCAGGCCGUGAGCCCCGUGGUGCAGCACGUGCAGACCCCCGUGGCCGUCAGCUACCACGCCACCCCCGUCAACGUGCCCGUCGUCCAGCAGGAGCAGAUCGCCUACAAGGCUGCCCCCGUUGUCCACACCGUCGCCGCCGCCGCCCCGGUGGUCCAGACCUACGCCGCUGCCGCCCCCGUGGUCCACUCUGCGUACUCCGCCCCCGUGGUCCACUCUGCCUACUCCGCCCCCGUGGUGCACUCCGCCUACUCCGCCUACUCUUCCCCCGUGCUCCACUCUGCCUACUCCACCUACGGCGGCGCGUACGCUCCCUCCGUGGUCGCACUCAGGAAGUGAGCGCACCUCCCAUCAUCCACCCCCCGCAACACUCCUCCGAACCCAUGGCGCCUCUCGGUGCCAUAGGUAGUCGCUCUGAGGGUCGAGUGCUACUUUACCUUCGGUAGUAGCGGCCUAUGCUGUCAAUAAACCUUCCUACCCCACUACAAA